GUACCAGUAUUAUCUUCAAGUAAAAAAAGAUGUUAUUGAUGGACGAUUGCGAUCUUCAUUUGAACAAGGGAUAAGGUUGGCGGCACUGGGCGUUCAAGCCACAUUGGCAGCUCAAGUUGGCUUUGGAGACUACCCUCAUUUUGAAUCUCAUGAUCUCCGGCAGUAUGUUUUGUUUCCUAUGGAUUUGAUUCAAAAUGAAGCCAUUUUGGAGGAAUUGAUUCAGAAGGUAGUCCAGGAACACAAAAAUCACAGCAGCCUUUCUGCAGCAGAAGCAGAAUUGCUUUACAUCAGGGAAGUGGAACGAUUAGAUGGAUUUGGGCAGGAAAGUUUUCCUGUGAAGGACAAUCAAGGAAAUGACUUGCAUCUUGGAAUUUUCUGCAUGGGGAUUUUUCUAAAGAACCCAAUGGGAAGAUCCACAGUGAACUACAGGUGGAAUGAUAUUGGAAAUAUAACACACAACAAGUCUUCCAUUGUUAUAGAAUUGGUUAACAAAGAAGAAACUGUGCUGUUUCAUACGGAUGACCUUGAAAAUGCCAAGUACAUUUCACGGCUCUUUGCUGCGAAGCACAAGUUUUACAAACAAAACAAAAUCUGCACAGAACAAUCAAAUUCUCCUCCCCCUAUCAGACGGCGGCCCACAUGGAGUAGAUCAUCUUUGCCAAGGCAGCACCCAUUUAUUAUGCCUCCUGUGCAUGUCCAGUGUGGAGAACACUACACUGAAACUCACAAUUCACAAGAUAGCAUUUUUCAUGGAAAUGAAGACAUGUUUUACUAUAGAUCUCAGACUAGCUUGGACAGAUGUGCAAUGGACUUCAGCUAUUUGAAUGGCAGUGUCCCAAAUGGCAGUGUGUGCAGUGCCCAAAGUAUGAACUCUCUCAACCAUUCACAGAACUUCGUUCAAGCUUCUCCAGUGUCCUCCAACCUAAGUAUCCCUGGAAGUGACAUUAUGAGAGCAGAUUACAUACCAAGCCAUAGACAUAGUGCAAUAAUUGUACCUUCAUAUAGGCCUACUCCAGAUUAUGACACUGUAAUGAGGAAAAUGAAGAGAGGAGUGAUUCACACCGAUAGCCAAAGCCAGUCUUUGAGGAACCUCAAUAUUGGGAAUACUCAUGUUUACAGCCAACCCACAGACCUUGUAUACAGUCAACCAGAAAUUCAAGAGAGACCUUCUUAUACCAUUGCAUAUGGGCCUCAAGGCACUUACAAAAAACAUGUGACUCCUCCUGAGCAAGUGAAUCCUAUGAAUGCUUUGCAGGCAAAACCGACAGCUAGUGCCAUUUCCCAUACAGUUAGCACUCCAGAGCUGGCCAAUAUGCAGCUUCCCAACAAUCAAAGAUGUGGCCCUGCACACAUACUGAAGAAUUAUCUUUUUAGGCCACCACCACCCUAUCCACGUCCACGUCCUGCUACCAGUACACCUGACCUAGCAAGUCACCGCCACAAGUAUGUCACUGGCAGUAGUCCUGACCUGGUGCCUCGGAAAGUGCAGCUUUCAGUGAAGACUUUUCAAGAAGAUAGUGCUCCCGUUGUCCAUCAGUCACUACAGGAAGUUAGUGAACCUCUUAUGGCAGCCAAACAUCAUGCAGCCAUCAACAAACGCCACAGUUUGGAAGUGAUAAGUAAUAUGGUGCGUGGAAUGGAAGCUAUGGCUUUAAAAAGCCUAAAUGCUCCCUUGCCACGCAGAAAUACCCUACGCAAUGAGAUGCAGCCAGAGGAAGUGGUUCAAAGAGGGCAUGAGGUUCAGCAGGUCCCUCAUUACCAUCACAAAAAGACCUUCUCAGAUGCUACAAUGCUGAUCCACAGCAGUGAAAGUGAAGAUGAGGAAGAAGCAUCAGAAUCUGUGCCUUCUAUGGCGGCCCUACAUGAAAACGUGGAGUACAGCGCCCAGUUGCAAGCUGCCUUGGCUCGAAUACCUAACAAACCUCCUCCUGAGUAUCCUGGUCCCAGGAAAAGUGUUAGCAAUGGAGCGCUGCGGAAUGACCAGAUGAAUAAUGUUCCGCUGGCUGUGUCUCGAGCCAAGGUGAUGAGGCCGGGACCAGCCAGGACAAUUAGCACAUCUCGGACUGAUCAGAGCAUGAUGAAUGGAUCUUCCCUUGGUCCCUCCAUCUCUGAGCCAGACCUCACAAGUGUCAAGGAACGGGUCAAGAAAGAGCCAGUGAAGGAGAGGCCUGUGUCUGAAAUGUUCUCCAUUGAGGACAGUAUCAUAGAAAGGGAAAUGAGGUAUCUAGAGAAACAGAAGAUGGCAGGCCUGGAAGCCCAGAAGAGGCCCUUGAUGUUGGCAGCACUCAAUGGACUCUCAGUUGCUCGAGUUCCAGUGCCUGAGGAUAGCCAAGAUGAAGGAGCCAAGGUGCCAAUGGAUGAGCGGUGCAAAACCUUGAGGAGAAAACUGGAAGAGGGGAUGGUGUUCACCGAAUAUGAGCAGAUUCCAAAGAAGAAGGCAGACGGAAUUUUCACCACUGCCAUUCUCCCUGAGAAUAUUGAACGUAAUCGUGUCAGAGAAGUCAUUCCAUACGAAGAGAACCGAGUGGAGCUGGUACCCACCAAAGAAAACAAUACAGGCUACAUCAAUGCAUCACACAUAAAGGUGACAGUAGGUGGAGAAGAAUGGCACUAUAUAGCUACACAAGGACCAUUGCCACAAACAUGCCAUGAUUUCUGGCAAAUGGUGUGGGAGGAAGGAGUCAAUGUGAUAGCCAUGGUGACAGCAGAAGAGGAAAGAGGAAGAACCAAAAGCCAUCGUUAUUGGCCAAAACUUGGCUCAAAACAUAGCUCAGCCACUUAUGGAAAAUUCAAAGUGACCACCAAAUUCCGGACUGUUUCUGGUUGCUAUGCUACAACAGGCCUGAAGGUCAAGCACCUUUUGUUAGGACAGGAGAAGACUGUGUGGCAUUUACAGUACACCAACUGGCCAGAUCAUGCUUGUCCAGGAGAGCAAGACUUCCUUUCCUAUUUGGAAGAGAUCCAGUCGGUGCGCCGUCAUACCAACAGCAUUCUGGACAGCAGUAAUAAUAGCAACCCUCCAAUUGUUGUGCACUGUAGUGCUGGAGUAGGGAGGACAGGUGUGGUUAUUUUGACAGAACUUAUGAUUGGCUGCUUGGAACACAAUGAGAAAGUAGACGUUCCAGUGAUGCUUCAACAUCUGAGGGAACAGAGAAUGUUCAUGAUCCAAACUAUCGCACAGUAUAAAUUUGUCUACCAAGUCCUCAUCUUAUUUCUACAAAAUUCCAGGCUCAUUUAACAUCUUCAAAAGAGACACAGCACCUUUUCAUUCAGUUAUUUAGACAGCCAUUUUGGUUUGGCUGAGAAUCACCCUUCUACAAAGCUUCUUGCUUUGCAGUAUUUUGCGACACCUGAUCAAAAUUGCCUCAAUGAUAAGGACACUUUGUUCUUCUUGCAGAUGAUUUUAUAUGAGAUAAUUUAUUUUUUUUAAUGAUGUGUGAACUUUCUUAAUUGGUGGAACAUGGGGUGACCUUAAAAUGAUAGAACCACAUUUGACACAUCUCUUCAUUGUAAUCUGUCUUUAGGACAGGAAAUAAUCCUAUCUGGAGAUGUUCUCUUGACCAUUGCAUUUCUAUAUGACAUGCAAGGCAGCUUUGCUAUUUUAUUGUAUUCUAUUUUAUUUUUGUGAAAAGAGUAUUUAGCAAUCUGUUUUCAGGGUUGUGCACAUAGAAGAAAAACCAACUUAAAAAUGUAUUUUUGACUUUUGUUCAAAUUUAAAAGCAGAUAUAUGUCUAUAAUAUUAUUGAAAAGGAACACAUUUUUGCCCUCUAUGAUAUAUGCAGUGCCUUACAGAAUAGCAGUGGGAUUUCCAAUAAACUCAAGAUCCCAAGGGUUCAGUACAAAACAAGUAUGAUCAUAGUACCUAGAUGAUGAGUAAUAGCAAUAUUUAAAGCUAUAAAAUAGCUGAAAUACUGGAAUGAGAUCUAUUCUAAGAGGCUUUUUUAGGGUCCGAGCAAGAUCUAAUCAAUCCUAAGUCCUACAGUUGAUGCUGUAUCUUGAGUCUAGAAAUUGCCCUGCACAUGAUGUGAAAUACCCAGUUCAGGGGCGUUUUUCAAGUCAGGUUAUUCUUUGAAUCAUACAGAGUAAAUCUGAAGAUUUUUUUUCUGUUGGUGGCCAUAUUUUGGUGGGAAUAUUCUGUUGGUGCAUGCUGAAAGUUGUAGAGUCACCCUUUCUGUGACUUCCUUUCUAGUCUCUCUCCUUCUAAAGGAGCGUAUAUAUGGGGAAGGGUUGUAUAGCUCUUUUUAGAAAUCUUACUAGGUAACAUGCAUAUAGAUUUUGAGGUUAAUUCUAAUAAGUCAAUUACUACCUUUAGCCUAGGACAACAGGUAUAAGGACAUGACAGUUCAAAAUGUUUUAAAAACAUCAAUUUAAAUGAAUAGGAAAUGCCGACUGUUACUGAUUUAGUAUUGUUUGCCAAAGAGAAUAUUCUAAUGCAGUGUUUCUCAACCUUGACAAUUUUAAGGCAUGUGGACUUCAACUCCCAGAAUUCCACAUCGCUGGCUGUGGAAUUCUGGGAGUUGAAGUCCACAUGCCUUAAAAUUGUCAAGGUUGAGAAACACUGUUCUAAUGGUUUGGAUAUGUGCCCUAAGUGUCUUUAGGUUCUAAAACCCCUGUAGGGGUUUUAGACACUUUGUGUCCUAAGUGUCUACAGGCUUUGUUGUAUGUCAGCAAUCCAUCCCUUGGAUUCACAAAUAAUUUUUAAUCGUCUCCACAUAAUAUAAUAACUUUGUUGGAUUAGACUGUUGGUUUAUUGCCCCUCAAAAAUCAGGUUAGGAACAGAUUGUCAUGGACAAAAUCUAUGUUGUCGCUAGGAAUUGACAGUGACUUGAUGGUACAUAAUCAUUGGCCCAUUUUUCUCAGCUGUGUCCACUCUGAUUUGCUGUUGCUCUCCAAGGUCCUGAUUCAAAUUAUUUCUCCUCCUACAGAACAAUAUGAUUUGCCCAUCAAAACAUCCAUCUGACUAUCAUAGCCAGUUUUAAUAAACAAUAAUCCUGUGUUGCUUUUUAAAAAAAUACUUUUAAUUCCUCCCCCCUCCCAAUUUCUAAAUUAGACAAGAGUGUUAAAGCUGAUAUGGGUAGGACGGGUUACAGACUUUGUGGAACUAAGCCAGAUUCAAGUUUUUUAACCAAUCCCACAUGUAAGAAUAAUAGGGAUUUUUUUUAAAAAGAUAUGACGUUAUUUUUGUGAAUAAACUAUAGAUUAAAGUUGAAUAUACAUAAAAAGAAUAUCAGAGCACCAGUCACACUUUCUACAGCACACUUUCUUUUAGAUAAACAUCCAAAGUGACAUGGCAGGCAGUUUCUUGAAUAGAAGAGGCAUUCCCAUUGUACAUUAGAUGGGGAAAAUGUCUCUUAAAAUAAUGUUUGACACCUGCAUUUUAUUUCUAUCUAUAUUAUACAGGUAAUCCUUGACUUACAGCCAUAGGCAGUUAUUAAGUGAGUUGCACUUCAUCUUAAACCUUUUUUGCCACAGUUGCUUAGUGAACCAUUGCAGUUGUUAAGUGAAUCAUGCAGUUAUUAAGUGAAUCUGGCUAUCCCCAUUGCUUGUUGGGAGCCGGCUGGGAAGGUUACAAACGGUGAUCACAUAACUCCAGAACAGUGCAACCGUCAUAAAAACCUGCCAGUUGCCAAGCGCCCAGAUUUUGAUCACAUGACAGUGGGGAAUGCUACAGCAGUUGUAAGUGUGGAAAACUGUCAUAAGUCACUGUUUUCAGUGUCAUUGUAACUUGAAAUGGUCACUAAAUGAAUUGUAGGAGAUGAGCAGACUGAGGGAAGAGGGAGUUUCCUUUGCAGCCACAAGAGAUCUAAGUCCAGUCUUCUUUGAAUUCCGUUGACUCUUAUCUACUGCCAAUUUGCUUUGACCAUUAGUAGUUCAGAUUCUUGUAGAGAGCAUUAGCAUGCAAUAAACCUGCAGUCAUUUGAACCACCUUGACUCCUAAUUUCUUGCACCUGACACAAAUGGCUGUAAGCCGAGGACUACUUGUACUAUAUUUUACAUAGUGUGAUAUAUACUUUCAUUUUUUAAAAAUCUGCAAGGUUACUUGUAGGGAUUAAGCCUGCAGACUUGUCUAUAUGUUCCUGGGAGCAUAUUGAUCUCAGAAGGAUUUACUUCUAAAUAUAUAUGGAUAGAUUUAACUUAUUUCCCUAUCUUCACAUGUUAAGUCUAAAUCACCGAUCAAUUGUACUUCACCCCAGUCUUGCUAAGAAAAAGACAGAAUUCAAGCUUCCUUCAAUGUGGGAAAAGAAUAUAUAGAGAACAUCUUCUGUUGAUGCUCCUUUAGAGACUCUUAUUUCUUUAUGUGCAGUUUCCAGUCCAGCAUAUCUUUGCCAAUGCCAACAUAUCUCUUGUUAAAUUAGCUGAAACCAUUUAAAGUCUUUUAGUGGCAUCUGCGUGAUAAUUGAACAGAGACGCUUUGUAUCUGGGAAGCUGGCCAAGGAAUAAACCUUGAAGCAAAUUGUAUUAAAUUAGUUAUCUCGUUAUAGUUUUUUGAAUAAUUUCCUAAUGAUGAAUUAAGUUUGAAACCAGAGCUGUCAAGUCCCAUUGCUUUAUUUGGCCUGACAGGUAGGGAGUUAGAAAGAGAAAAUAAUCCUCUCCAAGGUCUGAUUGCUCUGAGAUUUAGGAUGUGAUCAGUAUAGUUUUGGCUGUCCUAGAAGUAUGCAAAGCAAAAGAAAUUAUUUAAUAAAUAGACAUAAUGGAUACUAAAAAAACAAAUUUUGAUGAGACUUUGCCAAGGCUUUUUCUCACAGUGUAUACCUAUCUUGCACACAUAAUUACAAGGGAGAACUUUCUGAGUUAAAGACCAAUGUCCAAGACCAAGCCACUAGUACUAAUAUAAUAAGGAACCAUUUUCACACUAUGACUGUAAGGAGCGUGUUAAAAAAAACUUACAUUAAAGCAGAUAUUACUUUAGUUUGAUUAAUGUUGAACUUAAUAAGCUUAAUUUUAAAAAGUCUUUAUUGACCCUCAUCAGCAGUAACAACAGCAUCAAAAGCUUUUUUUUUGUUAAUAUUUGAAGAAUCCAGUGUUGAUUAAGUCAUGCUGUAAAAACAAAAGUUAACUCAAAUUUGAAUAGAAUAACAGAGUCGGAAGGGACCUUGUAGGUCAUCUAGUCCAACCCCCUGCCCAAGCAGGAGUCCCUACACCAUUUCUGACAGAUGGCAGUCCAGUCUCUUCUUGAAAGCCUCCAGUGAUG